AAUUUUCCUCACUUUAAAUUAUUAUCAAGCCAAUUUGUAGGACUAUGAAGGAGACCUUUUUUUUUUCUUCAUUUUAUUUCUUCUAUAGUUAAAAACAUAUUAAGUAUUGUCCACAUAUAUUCAAGCACAAGUUAGCACCAUACAAAUCCAGGCAUAAUAUCCACUUUAUAAUAAAUAAAUAAAUAAAUUAAUAAUAGAAAACCCAGAUUGAGGUUUUGAAAAUCUUGAUAUCUAAAAUUGAGAAGAAAUCUCAACUACCAAACACCUGUCCACCAGUAUACAAACAUUUUCAUUCUUUUUUCUUUCAUUUUAGAACUCCAUUAAUUAAGCCCAACAACAAAAAAAAAAUAUUGGGAGUUGUUUAGAAUGGCUUUGGGGAACUGUUUGCAAGUGAGUAGUACAACAAGAGUUGGUAGUGGUAUUGUACAAUGCCAUAUUCAUACAUUUUCUUCAAAAGAAAAGCUUAAUUUAGUAAGUUUCAACAAAGGUUUGAAGAAAUCCCCUCUCUCUUUCCCUUCUUUUGGUUAUUCUAAAACCACUUCAAGAAAAUCAAUCUUUGUUUGCCAAGCUCGUGAAGCUCUAAACACAGUUCAAGUAGUGACAGAAUCAAGUUGGGAUAACCUUGUGGUUGCAAGUGAGAAUCCAGUUUUGGUGGAGUUUUGGGCACCAUGGUGUGGACCGUGUCGGAUGAUUGCGCCGGUAAUUGAUGAGCUGGCGAAAGAGUAUUCGGGGAAGAUUGGUUGUUUCAAGCUCAACACAGAUGAUAGCCCUAACAUUGCCACAAAAUAUGGAAUAAGAAGCAUCCCAACAGUGCUAUUUUUCAAGAAUGGUGAGAAGAAAGAGAGUGUAAUUGGUGCAGUGCCUAAGUCCACCUUAUCUGCUACCAUUGAAAAAUAUGUAGAGCAGUAAGUAAUAAUUAAAUACAUUAAUUCUAGUAACUACAACCACUCUAUGUAACAAACACAAACAUCAAUAAUUAUUCACUCUCUGCCUAUAUAUAUAUUUUUUAUAAAUACAUAUUCAUUGUUGUUAUGUUA